AUGACUAAGGUUCCUUCUUUGAAACUUGCCUCUGGCUUUGACAUGCCGGUUGUCGGCUUUGGAAUCUGGAAGGUUCCCCGCGAGACCUGCGCCGAGACUGUCUACAACGCCAUCAAGCUCGGAUACCGCCACUUCGACGGUGCCUGGGACUACACGAACAGUGCCGAGGCCGGUCAGGGUGUUCGCAAGGCCAUUGCGGAUGGCCUGGUCAAGCGCGAGGAGCUCUUCAUCACCAGCAAGCUAUGGAAUAACUACCACAAGCGUGAGCAUGCCCUCCAGCAGGCCAAGCUCGAGCUCGAGGCCUGGGGUCUCGACUACCUUGACCUCUUCCUCAUCCACUUUCCCAUUGCCCUAGAGUUCAUUCCUUUCGAGGAGAUUCGCUGGCCCUGCUUCUGGUCCGACAAGGAGCAGACCAAGGUCACUCCCCUCGCCAAGGUCCCCAUCUCUGAGACCUGGAAGGCUCUCGAGGAGAUUGUUCAGACCCCUGAGAACCCCAGCGGCUUCAUCAAGUCCAUUGGUGUUUCCAACUUCCACACUCAGCUCCUCUACGACGUGUUGUCGUACGCCAAGAUCCCGCCUUCAGUCCUCCAGAUCGAGCACCACCCAUACCUUACCCAACCUGAGCUCAUCCAAAUGGCUCAGGAGAACAACAUUGCCGUCACUGGCUACUCUACCUUUGGACCCCUGUCCUUCCUCGAGUUGAACAACCCCCAGGCCAAGAAUGCCAAGCCUCUAUUCGAAGUCGACAUCGUCAAGAACAUUGCCGAGAAGUACGGCAAGACUCCUGGCCAGGUCUUGCUCAGAUGGUGCACACAGCGGAACAUUAUCGUCAUCCCCAAGUCGAACAGCGUGGACAGACUUAAGCAGAACCUGGAGUGCUGCUCUUUCGACCUCACUGAAGACGAGCUAAAGCAGAUCUCAACUUUGGAUCUAGGCCUAAGAUUCAACUGCCCAAACACUCUUCAAAGACCUAUCCGUAUUUUCACAUAA